AUGCCGGAAAUAGACCCAAGUAUAAUAACCCAUCGCUUUGGCAUCAAGGAGGGAGUAAGGCCCGUGGUGCAGAAAGUCAGACCCCUCGCAAGGGGAAAGCUCGAAGCAGUGAAGGUGGAGGUCCAGAAACUAAAGAAAGCAAGAUUUAUUCGUGAAGUCAGAUUCCAAUCAUGGGUCGCGAAUAUCGUGCUCGUUACAAAGAGUAAUGGCAAAUGGAGGACGUGCAUGAACUACACCGAUUUCAACAAGUCCUACCUAAAAGACGCUCACUCGCUGUCACUCAUUGACCAAUUGGUGGACUCCACUUUAGGUAGUGAGCUACUAACGUUCAUGGACACUUACUCUAGGUACAACCAGAUCAGGAUGCUCCCUUUGGACGAGGAGCACACAGCAUUCUACAUAGACAACGGAGUCUGCUGCUGCAAGCACCGCAUGAACCUGGAGGAGACGUUCGUGAAGCUUCGAAAGUAUCAGAUGAAGCUGAACCUUGAAAAGUGUGCCUUUGGGGUCCAAUCUGGGAAGUUAUUUGGAUUUAUGAUUAUACAACGGGGCAUUGAGGCCAAUCCGGAGAAUGUCCAAGCUAUCCUAGACAUGGCCUCGCUGAAGUCCCCCUAUGAUGUCUAG